GCCGCCCCAUCGCAGGGCCGCGGGCCGGGCUGGUUGGCUCCGUCCUCGGGCCUCAUGAGGCAGCUGGCUCCGGGGCGGGCCGGCCUAGGCCCUCCUCCUCCUCCCUCAGGUCGGGCGGCCCGAGGGUAGCAGGAUGGGCGUCGAGUAGGUGCCGGCCUGCUCAGAGGAGCCCUCGCGCGAUGGCCGUGACAGGACCUCGCUCCCGAGCGCCGCUGCCGCCGCCGCCGCCUGGAAGCCUCUCGUGGCUCCGGGGCGCCUGAGAGGAGGACGACGAGGAGGAGGCGCCUUCUUCCACCGCCCCGCGCCGCCCACCUCGGCUGUCUUGGCCGAGGCCCGGGGCAAGAAAUCUCUUCAGGAAAUGGCAUCUCCUAAAUCCUUAAUGCAUUUUUUGACCUUUACAUUUGGAUCAGCAAUUGGAUUUUUCUUAUGUUAUUUGCUAUUUAGUUUAGUGUUGGAAGAACAAGUUAAAGUUGAGCCUCAUCUCCUUUACAACAAUCCUCAUGGCCAUCACUCAGAUGAUGAUGAUGAAAGCCAUCAGCUGAAAGGACAAAUGAAUUUCAAUGCAGAUGCUGGGCAACAUAAAGAUGAAAAUAAAAAUAUUGCUGAAGAAUUGUACCAGAAAGUAAGAAUACUUUGUUGGGUGAUGACUGGACCUCAAAAUCUGGAAACGAAAGCCAAACAUGUCAAAGCUACUUGGGCCCAGCAUUGCAACAGAGUGCUAUUUAUGAGCUCUGAGGAGAACAAAGACUUCCCAACAGUGGGAUUAAAAACCAAAGAAGGCAGGGAUCAGUUGUACUGGAAAACCAUCAAAGCUUUCCAGUAUGUACACGAUCACCAUCUUGAUGAAGCGGACUGGUUCAUGAAGGCAGAUGAUGACACGUAUGUUGCACUGGACAACUUGAGGUGGCUUCUUUCAAAACACAGUCCUGAAAAACCAAUUUAUUUUGGAAGGAAAUUUAAGCCUUUUGUGAAACAGGGCUACAUGAGCGGAGGCGCAGGUUAUGUGCUCAGCAAAGAAGCUCUGAAGAGAUUUGUGGAUGCUUUUAAAACCAACAAAUGUACUCAUAGCUCUUCUAUUGAAGACUUGGCAUUAGGCAAAUGCAUGGAGAGUAUUAAUGUAGAAGCUGGAGAUUCCAGGGAUACAACUGGCAAAGAAACUUUUCAUCCAUUUGUUCCAGAGCACCACUUAAUUAAGGGAUACCUACCCAAAACUUUUUGGUACUGGAAUUAUAACUACUACCCUCCCAUAGAGGGUCCUGGCUGCUGCUCUGACCUGGCAGUUUCUUUUCAUUAUGUUGACGCCAUCACUAUGUAUCAGCUGGAGUAUUUGUUUUAUCAUCUCCGUCCUUAUGGGUACCAGUUCAGGUACAAUCCUGAUGCUCCUAAGGAUCAAGAAAAGCAAAAUUUAAGUGAUGCAGCAAAGGGUGAUAUAAAAGUCAAAGCUGAAAUGGAAAAGCCUUUGAAAUCCUCUAAAUAACAUGUUUGGUACUGCACUGAAGGCGCCUUAUGGAAUGCUGAACUAAAACAUUUAGCUUACAGUGGAGCUAGAUGGAUUUCUUAAAUAAUUAUAAGUGUUCCUUCAUGUGGCUGCAGCCAGCAGAUUCUUUUCUAAUCAUGCUGGUAGCAAGGUCGUUUCACAUGCCAUGAGGACUGCAAGGUCACGUCUAUAAAACUUCGUAGUGAGGAAUUAAAUGUCUUUAAUCUUGAUUCAGUAAUGUAUGCACACAAAUCUUAUAUUGAAACAAAUAUCUGUUUUCCACAUUGACCCACAAUAUGCAGUAUUUUAAUCGUUUUUAUCAUGAAACAAUGCUUUGUGUCAAUUCUUGGACACUUCAAUUAAUUACAUUAGAUACUGUUGCAUUCUUUGCGAAAGGAUUCAAAUGUGGAGUAUUUAAACAGAAGCUUAUCCUGUCAAAGUUAGCAGUCAAGAAAUAAGCCUCCUGCUUAGAUGCCAAAGUUUAACAUUUAGAUCUAAUUUUCGAAAUGUUGGUGAAUAUGUUGGGUUUUAGUUUCAUACAUUGGAAGGAAGUCUGAGAGUGUUUGAGAUGUGGCAGAAGGUUAGGUAGAAACUUGAAUGAGAAUCUUGAGUUCUGUAGUAUUAUAAUGGGCACAGUUUCACUAGAUAAAUUAAAAACAUAUCCACAUAUAUUUAUCAUGCUUCAUCCAGAAAGUUGAUUACUAUAAGAACUACUAUGAUAGUACUAUAGGAAGCAGCAAACUGUCCAUAGCUCCAUUCUGGUUUAAUGCUAUUGAUUCCUUUUUUUAAAAAAAGAAAAAUCUUUCUUUGUUUAUAGAGCUGGACUUGCAACAUAAUGUGAUAUUUUGUUGCCUGUCUAGAAUGUUAAGUGUUUGUUAGUUUCCAUUUAGGGUUAGAUGGCUGUUAUUAUUUAGUUCAACUUUAAUAGUAUAUUCCUAUUUCUUGUGUGACAUCCUUUUGGUCAGUCUAAAACAUGAUUUCCCUUGUGUGUUUCAGAUGGUUGUGUUGUUGUGUUAGGCUGUUUUAAAACAUAGAUCUUUAUCCACACAUGAAGGAGUUGUGUACUUUGUGCUAAACUUAACAGUAGUGCGGUUUUCCUGUAGCCAUCAUGCACUCACACUCUAGAUACUGUGUACUGAAAUAUACUAGUUCCCCCCCCCCUUCAAAUUUAGACUUUCUCGCUCUGUAGUCCUGCUAAAGUGAUCUACCAAGGCUUGUUUUAUGUUUGCCUUAAAUUCAUCAUAUUGAUGAUAACAGUGAGAUUUUGUAUUUGAUGGUGUUUGCUGGUUAGAAAUCAUCACCAAGUUUCCUGAACUCAUUACUAUGUGCUUUUUAAUUGAAAUGGAGCUCUGGAGAAUUACCACUGUCUUAUAAGAUUGUUUACUUCGAGGUUUCCAUAUGCAGUACACCUCUGCCUCUCUCCAUUGUUUAGGCAUGGGAUAAUAGUAUUGUUCUGUUGCCACUGUUGCUCUUAAUGAAUGCUCAGUACAAUCUUAAUGUUUCUUCUUAACUAGGUAGGCUUUACCGCACAUGAAAAUAACAGACUAGAUUUUUAAAAUUUAUACUAUAGAACUGUCUGUGAAGUUUUGAAAACUGAAAUUUCCAGAAUGGUGCAGAUCUUGGCUUUUAGACCUGCUGUUUCUCUGUUACAUCCAUCACAAGGGGAAAGUGCAAAAAAUAAUAGGCAUACCAAAUUCUCAGAGCAUCUCUGGUGACAGAUGCAUUGCUGAGACAAAUGUUAAGCUAUUGCUCAGUAGUAGAAUAAAUUUUUGCUUAUGUGAUAUGUAACA